AUGCCGUCGCUCGCUAGGAAAUCGAUGAAGUUCAUGAGAGAUGUCUACAAUGCCGCCAAUUCUGGUUCCGAUCGUCCUCCUAUUCCUUCGGCCACACAGUCGUAUGAUUUUCAGCCUACUCCAGGUCUUUCCACUCAGUUCACCCAGGCCAAUCCACCUUACUACAAUCCACCCUCGCCAUAUAUUCCACCAAAUUCGGCUCACGGCCAUCCAUAUACACCUCAACCUACUUAUAGUGUAUCAACACCACAUCACUCGCCUUUCCAAAAUCCUCAACAACCUCCGCCUCGCGGCAACUGGUCUAAUCCAUUACUGACAACAUCGCCUCCUCCGCCUCUACCACCACAUCCAACAUCGAAUUCAACACCCCCUCUUAGCGGUCCACCAAUUACUUCGAUAACCCCCGGCCAUCCUUUCCCUCCUAUAUCUCCAACUUCUUUACCGGCAUCUCCUCAACAAUAUGGACCUCAAAUUCCGAACAGCCAGUAUCAGCACUUCCCUCAAAAACCACCACUUCCUGAACGACUGCCUCACCAUCAUUCCGAAGGAUUACGACCGAAUACGUCGCAGUUAAUUUCCUACACCGAAUCCCAAGAACCCGUAUCGCCCAUGACACCAGCGGGAACGUCGUCUUUCAACUGGAAUCAACCAAACUCGGCACCUCCGUUUAGUAAUGGCUAUCACUCCGACAACAGCCAUUCCCCGGGUGUCGCUGAACUCCCUGCUCCCCGGCCACCACCUCCUCCCCUUCCUCAAAGACCUCAGACUCAUCGACCUAGUGUUAGUAAGCUGUCAAUGGAACCGAAUGUGCCAGAUACGCAGCGCCAGGAUUAUGGGACACGAGUUGGGACCGUAUCAGCUCCGCCCUCGUCAACUACGAUAUGGCAUGAGAUGCCUGCCGAGCCAAUCGUAAGUGCUUCUCCAGCCCAAAAUCAUCAGACGACGGCAUCGAACAUCGCCGAAUUACCUUCCUCGCAUAGUCCGAGGCCAUCGAUAGCCACCUCACAACCCUCAUAUCACGAACCCCCGGCCGGCGUCGUCGAACUUCCAAAUUCACCAGUCAGCUUUUCGCCACCUCAACCCUUCAAUUCACAGCAACUUAAUUCUAUUCAAGGAAAAAGGCCACCCGAUCCCUUUCCUCUGGAACCCAAUUUAGCAGCAGUGCUUCCUCCACCAAAUAUAUCACCACAGAUGCCUCAAUCUGACUCGUCGCACCAUCAUCGAGAUAGCAACACCAAUGGGAUUUCUUGGAUACAGAACACGUCAUCUCAUGUGGCGAGAAAUCCACAGUCGAAUGAUUCGCCAUCUCCGACUCGACCUGUCUCUUCACCUCACCUAUCGAUACCGCGUCCACCAUCUCUACCACCUGAGUCUUCAUCAGCUCAGCCGGGGCCUUUCAAUAUGAACGGCAUAGUCUCAGCAGUAAAUUCAACUGACCACGGAAGAAGGUCAAGUCAAUCCAAACCGUCAUACCCGGUUGGCGAGGUACCUUAUCCUCAACAUGAUGUCUAUCCCAGUGCGGUAGUGAUGCCUAUGGCACAUGAACUCACUGGCGCAGCUACGUCAACUUUGCCAAAUCAGAACACCCAACCUCCGGCCUUAUGGAGCGGUGUCACCAACCACGCAUACCCUGUAAUGGGCCCCCAGAGCAGCGUCUCCCUCGGUCCAUAUCAAGACGCCCAAUCGCCAUCGUCCGCACACUCUUCACUGACUCCAAGCUUAUACAGUGCAUCGAUCAAUGCAAAGCAGUCCGUCACCUCCAGUGAAUUUUCAACACACCACCAACCCCGAGAUGGCACCUCUCCGAAUUCAAAGCAGUGGAGACAAGCCACAGGCCCGCAAGAUCCUCUCACUUGA